AUGCCACUGCGUGCAGCUGCGCCCAGGCCGCCGUCGCCAUCCACCUGCAACACCGUGCCAAUCCUAACCGUGCCACCACCGAAUCGCCAUGCGCUAGCCAGAGACCAUGGGCGGCGUCGCCGCGACCUCACUUCUUGCAAGACGGCCUCGGCCGAAACCGCAUACCGCCGCAGAGAAGCACCCCCACCGCGACGCCCAGGGACAAAGCCGCACCGUUCCCGACGCCGCCAUGUCGCUGGUCAAGCCCGACACUUUGUCGGCAACCUCGCGCUCGCCAUUGCACUCCCGCAAGAACACCGCUUUGACCCCCCAAACGGAGGAGGAUCGGCUCGGACCGUGCCGCCGAGGACCGCCGGAGCCAAGCCCACCUGGCUCAGCCCUGGCACCAACAGUGGAGAGAGCAGGGCGGACGUCCGCCGGAGCUGGCCCCGACCGAGGACCGCCUGUCCCAGACCGAGGCCCUUCGGCCCCGGAUCGGGGGCCCGCCUGGCCCCAAGCCGGGGCCGCAUCGCCGGCAGCCGCCCCCGCCACCCCCCUCCGCCGCCGCCCAAGGCCACGAGCCGCACCAGCCCGUCCUCCGCCGGGACCGUCGCCGCCAUGCCCCGCCAUCGCCGCCGGACCGAGCACGCGAGCGCCCGAGCCGCACCGCCGCCGACCGCUCCCGCCUCGCGCAGGACCACGCACGCGCGGGUUCUUGUUGAAGAUAUCCUGGACAGACCAAGAGAGUAUCUUGUGCUCGAGGUAGCCAAGAGAAAACCUGUUGACCGUCUUGUCGUCUUUCUUCAGCGCAGCCCAGUAGCUGCGCACGGCCCCCCUGUUCCUCUCCGCAUCCAUCUCGUCGCCGUCGCUCAUGGUGCUCUACUGCUCUCCUCGGCUCGGAACCUUGCUAGCUACGACUAG